AGAGUCUAUAUAGAGCCUCUCUCUCUCUCUGUCUGCUUGAUUUCAGCUCCUCACAACUUCUGUUAACACUUCAUUAUUUUCAUCAUUGAAACUUUAUUUAAACAUCACAGAGAACAAACUAACUGCGGCCACAUUAACCUCAGACUGUUUUAUUUUCAUUUCACGAGAACAACAGGUGGAGAUUUGAUGAGAGUCAGUCUUUUCAGUUAGGAUUUCUUUAACUUGACUUCUCCUGGAGGAACGAUUCUCCUCCCUUCCCUUCACUUCGGUUCCCCCCGCCAUGGGCUCCGUGCUGCCCGGCCCCUCUCUGGGCCUGAAGCCGGGCUUCAAGCCGCAGCAGCAGCCGCUCUCUCUGGCCGACAUCAUCACCUCGGACAUCCUGCACAGCUUCCUGUACGGCCGCUGGAGGCACGUGCUGGGCGAGCAGCACCACCACCACGCGCCCCACCAGCCUCACCUGCAACAGGAGGAGCGCACCGCCCCGAGCGCGAGCCCCAAGACCGCGUUCACCGCUGAGGUGCUCGCGCAGUCCUUCUCCGGAGGUCAGUGACGCAGUUUCAAUGAAGACAUCAAAGUGAUUUCUUAAUUGUUUUUUUUUUUUUAACAUUUGAAAGAUUGACAGUCUCAUUUUAGCGUUAAUUUAGAAAGCUUAAAAUGUGACAAUUCUCCUGUUAUAGAUGGAAACUCAUUUAUUUACUAUUUAAAUUGAACAAAGUUCGGUUUAAGGCGUUAAAAACGCAAAUUAAACUUUUGUGACAUGAAUGCUAAUGACUCGGUUAUCCACCUGUUAAUGAAGAUGGUGAAGGGGUCCGGGCUGUUUUGUGUCGUUUUGCUUUUAUUUGCGAUGUUUUUCACUCAAAUGUUUUUACUAAAAAAUUACUAAAACUAUCAAAGUCAACGUAAAGUUCACGAUUUCACUAUGGUCAUUUCCUUCAUUUUGAGUCAUAAAAAUUUUAUUCAUUUCUCUACUUAAAUUUCACACUAAUUAGCCUAUAAAAAACUGUGAAUGAUUACACAUUUAUCCUCUGUAAUUACCAGACUGAUUUCUUGUGAAAUUCAAUCUCAAUUUUUUAUUAAGUUUUUGAAAAAAAAGUGAAAUAGGAACAUUUUCAUUGAAACCUCACUUGAAUGAUUUAACCAAUAUCUUUAAUUCUAUCUUGAAUUUUGAGUCUUUAAUAACAAUUUAAAAAAACAAACGAAAUUCAGUGAGCCCAAUCUUCCGCCUGAUUACACACGAAAUAAUUAAUUGAUUUCUCAUUAAUUAGCAUCGCAUACAAGUAUAUAAAAACCUGAUCAAACUCCUCUGUGAAUGCCGUGAAAUCAGGAUGAAAUCUGGGUCAGAUUAAGUCUUAAUCUCUUUGAGCAAAAGGCGAAGAUUCGCCUGAAAAAAGUCUGCGCUGAAAUCUUUUAAAAAGUUGAUGCUGAUUGAUCAUUGAAUGGCUUGUCUUCGUGUUGACUCACUCUGUAAGAUCUUUGUUUCUGAUGUUCUUCAAUAUUUCUGAAUUUCUUGUCCGUCAUUUGAGCCACACACAGGCCCACGUUCACCGAGCUGCACGUCUCUUAUUUCGGUUUCUUUUUCCUGUCCUUACCUUUGGAUGUCAAAUUCGUUUCUGUUUUGGUUAAAAUUCGUUCAGAACAAUUUCAGAGAGUCUCUGAGAAAUGAACCCUCCGCUCUCCUUAUCCUCCUGUUUUCAUUUUGAACGGAUUAUUCCUGCAGGAAUGUAAAUCCGGUUUUCUGCACGGCGUGAACACACUCUGCUGCACGUUUCUCCGCAGAGCAUUUAUGAGUUUGUCCUUUUCUUCUUUUCUAGUUUUUAAUGCGGAUCAUCUUGCAGCACUUUUAUCCCCCUUUUCACUCUCUUUUCUCCUAAAUGUCAGGAGCUGUUUCACGCUAUGGACGGAGCGUGAAACAUCUCCUGACAUGUCUCUCUUUUGCUUUGAGCUGUUAUUGAAACUUUUAUCGCAUUUUUCUCCGGGUUUAGUCACCCACGCUGGACUUUACACUCUCCUUUAGAUUCUGCGCUCAAACUGAGAGAUUUUACGCGCAAAUUCACCUUCAGUCUAAAGUUUUUGGAUCCCAAAUCCCGUCAUAAAUGAAGAUUUCUGUUCUCAGUGGACAGCAGGGGGGAGUUGUGCAGAAAUAAUGCGACCAUUCAAGGAGGAAAAUAGAGCAUUUAACCCCGAUUUCUGUCCGCCAAGGCUGAAUUUACUGCUCAUUUUCCUGCUGCUUUCACUUUCUUGGGAACUUGGACACUGCGGCAUCCUCACCUUCAUGUCAUUUUAACCCCAAAAGAGGAUUUUAAUCGUCCUUUAAUUCUCAAGUGUGACCAAGUUUCAUGUUUCUGAUUCUAAGCAUUUUUUUUUUGAGAAAUGUUGUGAAGACUUCCUUAAAAACGUUGGAUACAAAUGUUUUUUUCUGUCCUCAGAGGUGCAGAAGUUGUCCAGUCUGGUUUUACCCAGUGAGGUGAUCAUCGCUCAGAGUUCAGUCCCAGGUAGAGUAUCCUGGAUUUUUCACGUGCUCUUAUUUCCUACAUUGACCUCAUCUUCUGAAAUGAGCUCAUUCAGACCGUUGUGCUCGGGUUGAAAGCAGUGGACCGGGCACAGAGUAAAAAAUUACAUUAAACUUUAUGCACUGUCACUUUUCUCUGUGGGGCAGCAGCUUCAUAGUUUUGGUCCUAAAUGUCGGUGUGGCUGUCUCAGACUGAGUUUCAUACUUUUGUUUUGUUGCAGGUGAAGGUUUGGGUAUUUUCUCUAAAACGUGGAUCAAAGCGGGGACAGAGAUGGGACCGUUCACUGGACGCCUCAUCUCGCCUGAACACAUCGACCUGUACAAGAACAACAACCUCAUGUGGGAGGUGAGCAAACUGUGCUGUCAUCAAUAGUUACUUCACUUUUGAUUCAUACUAAAACCUGUAGAAAUGUAUUUAAGGUGACUCUCUGUGUCAGUAAGAAGGGAUAGAGACUGAUCAAUCAAGCCUGCUUCCAGUCAUCCAGUUAAAACACAAAUAAAUGAAAAAUUAACUUAAUCUAGGUGAAAUAUAUUACUGCAGAAAUAUGUAUAUUUGCUAGAGUGCUGUGUGUGUUGUUGAGAGUGAAACUAAAAUCUGCUUUUAAAUUUACUUCACAUUUUUGGAUUUUUUAUUUGACCCUCUCAGGUGUUCAAUGAGGACGGCACGGUCAGGUAUUUCAUCGAUGCGAGUCAGGAGGACCAGAGGAGCUGGAUGACGUACAUCAAGUGUGCGAGAAACGAGCAGGAACAGAACUUGGAGGUGGUUCAGAUCGGCAGCAGUAUCUUCUACAAGGCUGUGGAGGUCAGUGAACGCAGCUGUCUGCAUAAACACAAACUCACAUUUACUUGUUUUAUCUAUUGUGGGUUUGAAACUAUAAGGUCUGGAAAAUUAUAAUUUUCAAAAGGAAGAAAAAUGAAAGAAUUCAAGUUGUCAAUAGUUGGUGUUAUGAGAGGAUCAGUGUCAAUAACCCACAGAGGCUUCGGAGAGGACACUCCAAUCUAAAAUCAGUCUCAGUUGACAUUUUUAAUUACUCUACAAAUAACAAGACCAGUACAUUUAAAAAAUCCCAAAAAUUGAUAAAGAAAUAAUUCACAAAAAAAUAGGCAACGUAGGACUUAAAGUGAACCAGAUUUAAGAAGUUUAAGUCAAUUAUAGUUAUCAAUGACGGAGAAAAUGAAAAUUCAACUGAAUUUUAACAGGACAUCAUUCAAAUGUUUUACGGCUGCAAAAACAUGACUGGCAGACGGAAGAAGUGCCUUUAGUAGCAGAACAUGAGGAGAAAUCAGGGUGUGUGUCGCCCCCUGCUGGCUGAAAGAUAAAAGAUCAAGCAAACCUGCUGCAGUCCUCCAUCAAUUUUAACCUGAACCACAACAGAGCUUUAGCUUUGCAAAGUGUCUUCUGGAUACUUAUAACAGAUAUGAAAGGGUCGGUUUAUUGACAGAAGAAGAAAUAUGUUCUUCUUUUUUUUUUUUCUCAGACGAUUCCCCCAGACCAGGAGCUGCUCGUCUGGUACGGAAACUCCCACAACACUUUCCUGGGGAUACCUGGGAUUCCUGGAGGAGAUGAGGAGCAUACCAAGAAGACAAAAAGUGGUAAAUAAAGACUGCUGUCUAUUUUUUAUUGUCUUAGAUAUUCUUAUUCAUAUCUGAGAUCUUAUUAUGUUCUUAUGUAUUACAGCUGUGCAACUUUCUCCCCAAACUCCCAUUUAUCCCAAAUUCUGGUGAGUUUUACUAUAAAUUCAUAGUCUCAGUCUCAUUUAUUUCUCCUCCUCCUCCUCCUACUCUCAGAUGACUUCCACACCUGUGAAGGCCCCUCCUCCACCACCUCCUCCUCCUCCUCUUCUGCCUCCUCUAGUCUGGGUCGCAUGCGUUGUGUGAUCUGCCACCGUGGCUUCAACUCCCGCAGUAACCUGCGCUCCCACAUGCGCAUUCACACAUUAGACAAGCCGUUUGUGUGCCGCUUCUGCAACCGCCGCUUCAGCCAGUCAUCCACACUGAGGAACCAUGUGAGGCUGCACACCGGGGAGCGUCCCUACAAGUGCCAUGUCUGCCAGUCGGCGUACUCACAGCUGGCUGGGCUGAGGGCGCAUCAGAAGAGCGCCCGGCACAGACCCACUGGAGAUGGAGGGGCUGCAGGUGGGGGUGUGGUGGUUCACUCCGCCCACUCACCUCCACCUCACCCGCCACAGCUAACUGCCAUGCCUCACCCUGCUUCACUGGUUCACCACAUACCGACCAUGGUGCUGUGAGACUGACACACAGACGCACAGAGGCUGCUUUAUUGUUUAAAGAGGCUCAGAUAUUUGACAACGGGAGGACUCUAAGAAAAGAUGAUCUCCAGCCUCUCCACAUGUAGAAAGCUGAAGCCUAAACACUCCCAGAAACAGGCGCUAUUAUAUUCCAGAUCUGGGCCUAGAGUUCACAGAUGGAGCCACACCUUCCAUUUCUUUGGAAAAAUGUUGUUAAAUUCCCCAAAAUGUACCUUUAAAUAACUAAUUAAGACUUUGUUACAAAAUGUUCAACUAUAAAAAAAAUACUGCAGACAGCCACUGGGCGGCGCUCCAAAUGUUUUGGCUUAAUUUUUUUCAGUGCUUUUUUGUCCAUUUUAUCCUCCUACUGUCCCCAGGUUGGUUGUCCAGGUAAUCAGGUUUGAGUGUCUGCCUGCAGAUGUACAUUAUGUGCAUGCAAUCGUGGGUUUUCUAGACAAACACAGUGCGUAUCAUAUGAGUCAUAGAGCAGUUGCAUGACUGGGGAAUAUAAGCAUGCAACUCCAUCUUAUCAUGUUGUUAACUGGAGUAUCUCUGAGAUGAUGAUGUCCUGUGUUCGUUUGCAUGCAGAUGGUUCUCUGUAGAUGGUUUAAUAUGUAUACUGAACACUGAGGGGCGCUGCAGCUUGAGCAAUGAUGCUGGUGAGUGAUAGCAGGUUUGAUGCUAAAGCUCAAAUGGUAGGCUAUGCUAAUUCAGUAGCAUUCACAUAUAUACCACGCUGAUACAGUAGCAUUAGCAUCUGUAGCAUGCCUUUACAGUUGUGUUGUACAAAGGACUGAAAAGAUUCUCUUUGCACAAUGUUAGCCGCAUGCUAACUGGUUAGCAGGAGUAAUCAAAUUUGCCGUUAAUAUGAUGAAACAGGAAAUUAAAUUUUGGAAAAAAAAGCUUCAAUAAUGUUAUUUUCAAUAUUAUUAACAGCAGCUUUUGUUUGUUGGGCUUCAGCUUUGAGUCGACAUCCAUACUGGGUUUUUACAUGUUUUUAAGCUCCUGUGAGGAACUUUCAUCAGUGUCAGGUUUGGUGCCCCCUGUGGACACAUGGGUACCUUCAAUUGCUCUCCUGAUUUUUUCUGUACAUGUUUAAAUGAUUUUGUCUUUGCAAAGAAUGAUCAAAGUGCUAUAAUUUAUCAGUUAAUGGUCUUGAAGUAUUAAUUUCAGUCUGUUUUAUACCUAAGUUCAAAUUACUUUCAGGAGCUUUAAGUUUAAGAAAACAUCACAGUCUUAAUUUUUCAUCUCUGUAAAUGUGAUUGGUUUUGUUUAAAAUGCUGAUAAAUUAUAAGAGUUAUGAAAGUGUCAUUGAAGAAUCGAUGAGUCCCUUUAGCUGACGUAUGUUUGUUAGCCUCUGUUGUAAAUAAGCUCCUCGCUGUCCAAGAAUGUGAAUAUAAACAUAAAAUAUGCUUUAUGCCCAGAAUAUAAUUCAACUGUCACUUUAUCUCUGUAAAUGUUGAAGGUCAUAUAAGACACGUGUAUCAGUAUAUGAAGUAUGCUAUGUUGACUUCUAUAAAGGACAUUGUAUUUGAGCCUAUGUACUCUUAAUAAAGUAUUACUUCACCUUAA